AUGUCGCAACCAGUUCAACCCUCAAUUGAAACUUUGAAGAAAACAAUAGAUGCAAACUCGUCUUCUGCCAACCCUCCAAAUUUAUACCCAAUCUACAAGUACGUGAGUCAUAAUGACAUUUCCAUUCACCAAGCUUACCUUAGAUUGGCUAACAUAAAUGACGAAAAGAGACUGCCUUCUUUCCUUUUCGAAUCAUCUGUUCACGGUGACACCGUCGAUCGCUAUUCCUUUAUCGGAAUUAACCCAUCAAAGGUGAUAAAGACGGGUGAUGACCCUAGCAAGUUUAGUGCCGAGUUUUGUGACGUUGAUCCUAUAACCGUGCUAGAAGAGGAAUUAUCGCACUUCAGACAAGCAUCGUUACCUGGCUUGCCCAAGUAUAGCGGAGGAGCUACUGGGUAUAUUUCGUAUGAUUGUAUUAAGUAUUUUGAACCCAAAACAAAGAGGCCAUUGAAGGAUGUUCUUGGGUUGCCCGAAGCCGUGUUUAUGUUUUGUGACUUGGUGGUGGCAUUUGACCAUGUGUAUCAAAGGUUUCAAAUAAUCUACAACAUCAAAGUCGAUGGCUCACACAAUUUGGAACAGGAAUACAAAAGGGGUGUAUCCAAAAUCGACGAAGUGGAGAAGCUCUUGUUGAGAACAGUCUCGAAUGAAGAUAUCUUCCCCCAUCAGGGACCAAUCAAGUUGAAUCAGACAUUCACAUCCAAUAUUGGUCAAGAAGGUUAUGAGAAGCACGUGUCGACUUUAAAGGACCAUAUAUUGAAAGGUGACAUAAUCCAAGCAGUACCUUCCCAAAGGAUUGCCCGUCCUACCAAAUUACACCCCUUCAACAUCUACAGACAUUUACGUACGGUGAAUCCAUCACCGUAUUUGUUUUACAUCGAUUUGAUUGAUUUUCAAAUAAUAGGGGCCUCACCAGAGUUAUUGGUACAGUCAGAUAUCAAUGGUAGGAUUGUUACCCAUCCUAUUGCAGGGACAAUCAAGAGAGGCAAAACGAACGACGAAGACGAAAAGAAUGCCGAAAUUUUAAGAUCGAGUUUGAAAGACAGGGCCGAGCAUAUCAUGCUUGUAGACUUGGCACGAAAUGAUGUCAACCGUGUUUGCAAACCCGAGACUAAUAAAGUGGAUAAAUUGUUGACCAUUCAACGGUUCUCACAUGUGAUGCACUUAGUUUCGGAGGUGAGUGGAACUUUGCGCGAGGACCAAACUAGAUUCGAUGCUUUCAGAUCAAUAUUUCCUGCAGGUACCACCAGUGGUGCACCCAAAGUGAAGGCAAUGGAGUUGAUUGCCGAAUUAGAAAAAGAGAAAAGGGGAAUUUAUGCUGGUGCUGUUGGAAAUUGGGGAUACGAUGGAAAAACUAUGGACACUUGUAUUGCAUUAAGAACAAUGGUAUUUAAAGAUGGCGUGGCUUAUUUGCAAGCCGGAGGAGGAAUUGUAUUUGAUAGUGACGAGUAUGAAGAGUACAUGGAGACGAUGAACAAGAUGAGAGCAAAUAACAACACGAUUGUUGAAGCUGAAAUGAUUUGGGCUGACAAAGUUGGGGCUGAAGAGUAA